GAGCUACGGCGUAUGACAAGCAGCUGCUAUCCGAGACGAGGGCCACAGACGAGGAGGCGCGGUGGCUCGGCUCUCCGGACAAGGCGGACUGGGGCGCGAAACACAGCCUCAUCGCGCGGCUCAUGCGGCACAGGCGGCUGCGGAGGGAGCAGGUGCUGCUCGUCGAGGACGACCCUGCCGAGAUUCGGAGAGCCGGCCCCGUAUGCCGGACGCUUUGGGUGCGCCAGCGUGCCGGCCUCCUGCCCGCGGACCUCGCGGCGUUGCGGGGUUUCUGCGAGACGGAUCUUGCCGGCGGCGACGGCGAUAACAACAACGGUCAGGACGACGUCCGCUCGAUAGAGCAGCGUUUUGCCAUACAGGGCCAAGCGGCGGGCGGUGCCGCGAGGCCCGCACCAGGCCGCCCAGGGGCUGCCACCCCCUGCGCGAGCUGUCGCCUGCCAGGGGCUGCCACCCCCACCGCGAGCUGUCGCCGCUGA